ACGCGUAAAGAAAUGCAAAUGAGAUAUGGUAAACUUUUGAUAUAUCGAUUUAAUAACAAUUUAGAUACGUAAAGAAUUAAUUACACUUGAGACACAGUGAGUGUAAAAAAAAGUUGAUCUACAUAUAUAUAUCUACGCAUAAGUACACAUAUAUGUAUAAUAUAUUGUUACGAGAACAUUACAUAAGUUAGAUCAGUAGAUGUCGGUAGUCAGUACGGUGCGACGGAACGUAGUAGUGCUCUUUUACUCACACAUGUUGAAUAUUAAUUAAUAACAAUGGGUAACUACAUUGCCACCUACAUAACGCAUCCUGAUACCAUGCCUAAAACUGAUGGAAAACCGACGUUCGAUCCACUAGCGGGAUUUCCAAACGGUCGAAAAGUUCGUGAAAUGCCGUUAUCAGAAGAGGAUAUGAUGGCUUUCAAAGUUCCAAAAGAACAACGUGAUUAUUGUGCUCACAAGUGGCUGGAGUUACACGAAUGUAAAAGGCGUCAUGCUCCCUUGAUGUUAAAAUGCGCUCACGAAAAACACGAAUACAACGCCUGCUUCGUUGACGAUUAUGUCUUAAGAAUGAAAGAAUAUGAAAGAGAACGACGUCUUCUCGAAAGAGAGAAGAGGAUAAGGUUGAAAGCUCAAGCAGCAGCGGCGUAAAAAUCUAGAACUUUGAUGUUGAUUCAUAUCUAAUGAGAUAUAGAGUGCAUACGCGUAUGUAAUAAAAAAAAUCUCUGUUGCGUUCAGUUAUUGUAUAUACAUUUAUGUUAAUAAAGCAUGUAACAUUAGAAAUUGUCAA